AUGGCAGCGUUAUUCGCUUGUACGAAAUGCAAUAGCCGUCAUCCCUUUGAAGAAUUAUCACAAGGUCAACAAUUAUGCAAAGACUGCCGAGGAAAUUUUCCCCUUAUUAAAUGCACUUACUGUCGGACGGAAUUUCAAGAUUGCAGUUCUAAAGGAAGUUCCACUUCAGUUUGCAAGAAAUGUGAAGCUAAUGUCAAAUUAUAUGGAAAGCCAUCUGCCUGUGAGUACUGUAAUAUUAUUGCAGCCUUCAUUGGUGCAAAGUGUCAGAGGUGCACAAACUCUGAAAAGAGGUAUGGUCCUCCUGUCACCUGUGAGCAGUGCAAGCAGCGUUGUGCAUUUGACAGGAAAGAUGAUAGCCGCAAAAAGGUUGAUGGAAAGUUGCUUUGCUGGCUGUGCACUUUGUCUUACAAAAGAGCCCUGGCAAAAACAAAGCAGAGCAGUUCUUCACACUCUCGUCAUCAGUCGCUAAAUAAAUCAUCUAGAGAUCAUAGAUCAUCAACAUCCUCUUCAGUGCAGAGUCACAAACGUCCAUCUAGCCACAGCAGUAAAAUAAAGAAGGAGCAUUCUCCAAGUAAGAAACCACGUACAGAAUUAUCCAAGUCAACAAAUGGAAAUUUGCCAUCAAGUGAAAGCACAUUGUUAGAUACCAGUACCAGUGAUCAUGUUGUUGCAAUGCAUCAGCUAAAAGAUCAAAUUGCUAACCUUCAAAGACAGCUUCAACUGAAAGAUCAGCAGAUUUUAGCCCGGGAGAAACAGGCUGGUGAGGCAAAAGCGCAACAUGGUGUAAUUGAAAGAGAACUUCGUUUGAAAAUACAAGCUAUGGAAAAAAACCAUGGUGAUACGGUUGAAGAUCUGCAGUCUAAAGUACGUGUAUUGCAGAAACAAGUGAUUACACUGAACAAGGCAAACAAAAAGGGGAAAGAUACAGAGAGCCCAUCAAGGUUAUGA